GCGACGUAAUCUUAUCAGAGGGUGUGAUUAAAACUGCCGACACUUUUAAUUUAACAUACAUCACCACUAUCUGCUGGACUAAAAUAAACGCUAUGUUGACAAGGAAAGCACUCGGACUCUUAUUUCUCGCAGCUGCGUGCUUUUCUACGAUACAUAUUGCCAGAUCAGCGACCCGAUGCAAUCACGGAUGGAUACCGCACGGCCAAAGCUGUUAUCUGAUAAGCCACGACCAGGAGCAAUGGAAUAAUGCUGAGUCCAUAUGCGAGUUGUUUGGCGGAUACCUUGCGGAAAUUCAAAAUGCCGCAGAGUAUAAUUUUAUCCAGUCACAAGUAAAUACCACACAAAAGAAUUUCUGGGUGGGCGGUUCAGACAUAGAGAAUGAGGGCACGUGGAUUUGGAUGGCGUCAAUGACACCGCUAAGUUACGCCAAAUGGGAGGCCGGUGAGCCAAACAGUGACCACAACAGCGACGAGAACUGCAUAGAUAUUCGACCUGGAAAAUUGGGCUGGAAUGACGAGCGAUGUUAUCUCGUGCAAAAUUACAUCUGCGAAGGGGAAGGCGUAGAAAGGCUGUAGAAGGCAUACUCCAAAAAAAUAAAUAUGUUAAAUAACAUAAUCGUAACAAAAAUAUACAAAUUAACUACUUUAUUAGCUUCGAGUAAUGGUUAUUAGAAAACAUUCAAAUAAAAUCACUCAUGCAAUCGAA